GGCAGCGCCGCGCUCGGCCCCGCGCCCCCUCCUUCACGGCGCUCCCCCCCGCCCCGUUCCCCCGCAGCCGGGCGGGGGAGGAGGAUGGAAACACCCUUCUACCAUGAUGAUGUGUUGAGCGGCCUCGGCGGCGGCUUCGCUCCGACCUCCGGCAGCAGCGGGCUCCUCCUGCCCUUCCCCGGCGGCAGCAUGAUGAAGAAGGACGCGCUCGGCCUGGCGCUGCCCGAGCAGGUGGCGGCGGCGCUGAAGGCCCCGGGAGCGGCGGCGGCGGCGGCGGCGGGCGCGGCGGGCGGAGAGGCGGCGGCGGGGCUGCUGGGUUCCGCCGAGCUGGGGCUGCUGAAGCUGGCGUCGCCCGAGUUGGAGCGCCUCAUCAUCCAGUCCAACGGGCUGGUGACCACCACGCCGACCAGCGGGCAGUUCCUCUACCCCAAAGCGGCCGCCUCGGAGGAGCAGGAGUUCGCCGAGGGCUUCGUGAAGGCGCUGGAGGACUUGCACAAGCAGAACCAGUUGGGCGGCGGCGGCGGCCCCAACGGGGGAGCGGCGGCGGCGGCGGGAGGAGGCGGCGGCGGAGGCGGCGGCGGAGGAGAGCUGCCCGCGGCCGGCCUGGCCCCGGAGCCGCCCGUGUACGCCAACCUCAGUACGUACCCCGCCGUCAGCUACGCCGCCGAGCCCGGCCCGUUCGCGGCCCCGCCGCCCCGGCUGCCUCCUCCCCCCCCGCCGCCGCUGAAGGACGAGCCGCAGAUCGUGCCCGAGGUGCCGAGCUUCGGAGAGAGCCCUCCGCUGUCCCCCAUCGAUAUGGACACGCAGGAGCGCAUCAAAGCGGAGCGGAAACGGCUGAGGAACCGCAUCGCCGCCUCCAAGUGCCGCAAGAGGAAACUGGAGCGCAUCUCCCGCCUGGAGGAGAAGGUGAAGAGCCUCAAGAGCCAGAACACGGAACUGGCCUCCACCGCCAGCCUGCUCCGCGAGCAGGUGGCCCAGCUCAAGCAGAAGGUGCUCAGCCACGUCAACAGCGGCUGCCAGCUCCUCCCGCAGCACCAGCACCAGGUGCCGGCGUACUGAGGGCCGACGGAACCCCCCGUGCCCGCGCGGCGGCCGAAGGACAGAAGGACCCAACCGCCUCCACCCCCCCCCCCCCCCCAUCACCGGGCCUGGCGGCGGACCGAGGGGAACUGGGGGAGAAGCGCGGAUUGUGGGGGGAAGCGGCUGCGCGCAGCGCCCCCGUGUGGGCUGGGGGACUGGCGGACUGAGGGGCUCCUGAGGGCGCCCCCCUGUGGGCUGGGGGACUUUGCUCCCAUCUCGGACCUGAGGGGGGGGCAGAAAGACUGAGGGGUUUUUGGGGUGACCCCGUUCUCUGCCCCGCAACGGACUUUGAGGGGCCCCCGAGCGCGGCCCCCCCCGCGCCGAGCGGCUGCGGUUUGCAGGGCCCCGCGAGGCCUCUGCCCCGCCACAUUCCAUUGAGGCCCCGCAGUAAAAACGCCGCUCAGGA